AUGCACCAGGUCCCAUGUUCAAGAAUUGGUCUUAAUAGCGAGGCAUCGCUUGCAACCACUGCAGAGAGAAGCCGGAAAAGACGACGGUUGUCUGGGAGGAAGCCAGCUACGCGUCGUCAGCCAUUGUUUCCAUCCACGCCUGCUGAAGCCUCCGCUGCUGUUGAAAAUGCCCGCCCUCCCUCUCCACUGUUCACCACACACAAUGCAAGCAAAACACAAUCUACCCAUAUUGUCGGCCCAGCAAUGGCCCGCGACGCUCAAGUUCUCGAACGCUAUAUGUCUCCGACUUAUAAUACAGCCGCACCCUCUGCUCGACAAAACCCGUACAGUGUCUAUUCUCACGACCCUCAAAAUCCUGUAGUGUAUAUGAAAGUCCCCCGCCAUCGUAACAUUGCACCGUCUGGCAAUGGUACUGCAGGGUUUAGACAAUUUGAGGUGAUGGAGAAAAUCGUGCAGCCAUUGGGUCCAGAACUCUGUCGGUUGUAUUUUGACAAUGUUCAUCCACCAUUUCCGGUUCUCGACGAAAAAGCAAUCCUUGAAGCUUAUCCACAAGAAGGCCUCCCGUAUACUUUGGUAUGUGAAAUCUACGCAGUCUCCCUCCUCCUGUGGAGAACUUCCACUACGAUAUCGGCCUCAGGACGCCCAACUCCAGAUGUUCGGUACAUGUGGAAUCUGGCAGUUAGUGCAAUGAAUGAUGAUUUCAUAGCACCUGAUUUGUCUACAGUAUUGUCAUGUAUCCUAGAUCUUCUUGGCCGGCCAACAACCUCCAUCACGUACAAUGCAGUUAAUGUUGGUCGUGUCGUCUCCCUAGCCCAGAGUUUGGGCUUGAACCGCAAUCCAUUGAACUGGGAUUUGGCAGCUCGGCAGAAGAACUUGCGUAUCCGGACUUGGUGGGGAAUAUUGAUUCAUGAUCAAUGGGCGAGUCUAUCUCACGGGACUCCACCUCAUAUCCAUCACUCUCAGUGGGAUGUUCCACUCCCUGACUCGGAGAUAUUGGGGGUAGGUUCCAUUACAUAUGAGGACCCAGCCUCUGUGUUCCGAGUUCAAGGAGCUCUCUCUUUUACCGCUCUUUGCCAAUUAACUGUGAUCCUGGGAGAAAUCCUUCCUUUAAUCUACGCACUUCAACCUCAGGCCUCAGGUCAUGCAUUUAGGGCUUUACGCCGUCACGAAACGGCACUCGAUGAAUGGGAAGAGAAGUUGCCUACUUGGCUACGUCCUGGCGGUGCCUCCUUUGAUCGGAGAGCUGCUGGCGCUUUGAACCUUCAGCUCUGCUACCUGGUAAUUAAAAUGUGUCUUUGGAGAAUCGGGCUUUUGGAGUUCCAUUCGUUGGAUGCUAGUGAUGAUAGGGACGACAAAAUGUAUUAUCAAUCGAAAUGCCAGAAAGCAGCACGAGCGGUGAUAGAGUUUGUCACCAGCCUAGAAAUACAAGAGCUCAAUUCUUUCUGGCUACCUUACACCACAUAUCACUUCACAUCGGCGACAACGCUUAUACUCCGGUGUGCCCUUGAAGCUGAAAAUUCCGAGACUGCACAAGAAUGUGUAUCGAGCGCCAAAAGUCUGAUUGAUUUCCUGCGAAAGAUGAAAGACGAAGCCAAUUGGGAUCUAGCAGACACAUGUCUGAAUCAUUGCGAGGCCGUCGUUGAGAAUCUAAGUGACAGACACAACCUAGCUACAUGGAGGAGCAAUCCGCCCGGUAAUCAAAAUUCAAGCGGAGGCGAAUGUGGAGGGAAAUUCUUUGCUCGACGCAAUAACCAACACUCUCAAGGACAAGCGGGGGCUGCAUUUUCUCAUAUAAGCCAUAAUUCUCCAAUCCCGGACCCUGGAAUCGCUGGUGGUCGAGAGGGAGUCAGUACAGGAGUUAUCAACCCGGCGUUCCUUCAGGAUGUUAUGACGUUCGGGUCUAUGCCGGGGACUAUGGCUGAUAAUACGGUAUUUUCCGAUAUGGUACAGAUGCCAUAUAUGGAAGGGUAUCCAUAUCGCAACUUCUAUUAA